AUGUAUGCAUAUGCUAGCAGAAUAUUUAAUAUAAAUAUAAAUCAUCACUUCUUUGAAGUUGGACAUUCACAAUCAGAGGGUGACGCGAUGCAUGCACUUAUUGAGCGAAGGAAAAAACAUAAAAUUAUCUACGUACCUCAGCAAUGGGUGACUUUGAUAAGAUGCGCUAAAUCUAGUGGUGAGCCGUAUGAAUUCAAGGAAGUAAACCAAGACAAUAUAUUGGAUUUUAAACAACUUUUGCCAUGUUACAAAAAUAGGGAACACGACGUUAACCAUGUGAAAGCCUCCUGGAGUAAAAUUAUGCAUAUUCAUUUUAUCAGUAGCUUACCUAAUAUAAUUAAAUUUCAAUAUGAUUAUCUAAGCGAGAAUGAAAUGGCUAUAAAUCUAGCUCAAGAUAUUAAGACAGUUUCUCUUCGGGCAGUUACUCGUCGCGCUACCAAGGAACCUCAAAACAGUGAACAAGAGCUACCGAUUUCAACGGCUUAUAAUGCACCUUUGCCUUUAUCUACAGCAAAUUACAAAGAUUUAAUAAGCUUAUGUAAUAGCAAUGCCAUUCCAACAAUAUAUCAUGAUUAUUUUAUGAAUUUACCUCAUGUGAAAACGAUUCUACCAAAUAAUAUGACUGAUUCUGAUUAA